CUCCAUCAGCGCCUCUGAGGAUAUUCUACAAGACGCUGCGUAUCUCUUGUGCAGCUGGACGCAUCGCAUCUACGCAAAUGACGGUGGUUGCGGGACGUUUACGCCAAUGACAAAUGCACUUGGGGAAUAUUUGUUUUAAUAAAUCAGACAACACUUAUAGAGAUAACAUAUUUACGGAAUGUUUCUCUAAACGGACCACAUUUCUAUUUGCGCCAGAAUGGGCAUGUAAAAGGUAGCUGCAUACGCACUUAUGGAUUCUUGCUGGAGAUCAUUCUCGGGGCUUUACGGUAAAUUCUGCCUCUCAAGUUUGUCUACGUUGAAUGUUACAGCAGCAAACCUACUACUACGCCUUGGGAGUUGUGAUGGGGAAAAGUUAUCCAGAAGUUUGAGUAUAACUUGGAAAUAACAACAUACGAAACUACAAAGAGCAAAACAAACACUUAAUCGCGACAGUUUCCUUGUUGUGUUUCACCUGGAGCCUGGUUGCCUGGCGACAGUGGUCACAGACCUUAUUCAGAGCAGCGCCAUGACAGGUGUGUCGUGGUCCAGAAACCUUAUGGCUAGUCCUGAGAAGAAUGCAGCUCAAAGGUGGAGAAAAUGUGUGGACACCGUGCUGUGCGACCUUACUGAGGAUCAGCUGAAAUCUAUCAAAAACAACAGUGACGAGCGUGACUUUUUCAUUGUACAUCAUCUAGCAGACCUGAAGGAGGGAGCCAUUCCUCCUCUCAUUCAUGGCACACCUAUCACCUGCAAAGUGGAAAACAUGGAGCGAUACACUACCCGCUCCAAGGUAAAUGUGUGCACUUUGUACACAGUCCGUUUGACACAUGGUGAGUUCACAUGGACAGUGAAAAAAAAGUACAAGCACUUCCAGGAGCUCCACAGAGACCUGUACAAACACAAAGUGUUGCUACAGCUCUUGCCUCUGGGGAGAUUUGCCAUUCAGAGACAACAGCUGGCAGGUUUGACAGAGGACAUGCCGACUUUACACGGAACUGAUAGAAUCAGGAGAACGUCCAGCAAACUGAAAUAUCUGGAGGAAUAUUUAAACAACUUGCUAGAGAACACCUUCUACAGGAACUUUCAUGGGCUGUUAGACUUCUUGGCAAUCAGUCCGCUGUCCUUCAUCAGAGACCUUGGACCCAAAGGCCUAGAAGGCUAUAUUCUGAAACGGUCCGGGGGUCACCGAAUCCAGGGGCUCAACUGUAUCGGACACCAUCAGUUCUGCUUCCGCUGGUCCCGUCGCUGGCUUGUGGUGAAGGAUUCAUUCCUCCUGUACAUGUCCAGAGAUCCCGGCAAUGUGUCGUUUGUACUGCUAUAUGACCCUGAGCUGAAGGUGUUGGUUGGACGUGUUUACACUGAUACUAAGUAUGGCGUCUGCAUCGAGAACUUCAGCAGGAAGCUGGUGAUUAAGUGCAGUAGCUACAGGCAGGCCCAAUGGUGGAGUCAUGAGAUUCGGCGUCUCUCUGAGCCAUGUGAUUUCCUCCAGACCCAUCGGUUCGAAGGCUUUGCCCCACCCAGGCCGGAGACCCUCACAAAGUGGUAUGUUAAUGGGAAUGGCUAUUUCUCAGACCUGGCUGAUGCACUGGAACAGGCCAAGGAGGAGAUCUUCAUCACUGAUUGGUGGCUCAGUCCAGAGGUUUUCCUCAAACGUCCAGCUACAGGAACAUACUGGCGCCUGGACAAGAUUCUCAAACGCAAAGCAGAACAGGGAGUGAAGGUGUGUGUGUUGUUGUAUAAGGAGGUGGAACUGGCUCUGGGUAUCAAUAGCGGCUACAGCAAGAGAACAUUAAUGAACAUCCACCCCAAUAUUAAGGUGAUGCGUCACCCUGAUCAUGUUUCCUCAGUUGUGUUCCUCUGGGCUCAUCAUGAGAAAAUGGUAGCCAUCGACCAAUCAGUGGCCUUCGUGGGUGGGUUGGAUCUUGCGUUUGGGAGGUGGGAUGACAGCGACUAUAGGCUGAGUGAUCUGGAACCCCCAAAACCAGCCACUCAUGCAGAGGCAGGCCCAGAGUCUGAUACUGUGGAUGGCCCUGCAGUUCCUCUGACAGUAUCUGCGUCAGAGUGUGAGGAUGAAGUCGAUCUGAGCUGUAAUGCCCUCUUGUGGCUGGGAAAAGAUUACAGCAACUUUAUCAAGAGAGAUUGGACACAGCUGGAUCAGCCCUAUCAAGACAAUGUUGACAGGACUCAGGUGCCACGCAUCCCCUGGCGAGACCUGGGUGCAGUGCAUCAUGGGAAAGCAGCCAGAGAUCUUGCACGACACUUCAUCCAGCGCUGGAACUUCACCAAGAUCUUUAAGAACAAAUACAAGGAUGACUUCUACCCGUACCUACUGCCGAAAUCUCACUGCACAGCAAAUAAGCUGCCAUUCACAAUGCCUGGUGUCACAAAUGCCUCUGUACAGGUUCUUCGUUCUGUCGAUCGCUGGUCUGCUGGCACAUGUGAACAUUCAAUCCUCAAUGCCUAUAUACAUGUUAUUGAGAACAGCGAGCAUUACAUUUAUCUAGAGAAUCAGUUCUUCAUCAGCUGCUCAGAUGAGAAGAAUGUACACAACACCAUUGGGGAUGCCAUUGUCAAACGGAUCCUACGGGCUCACAGUGAGGGGAAGAAGUACAGGGUGUUUGUUGUAAUUCCCCUGCUGCCCGGCUUUGAGGGAGACAUCAGUCAGGGAGGAGGAAACGCCAUUCAGGCUAUACUUCACUUCACCUACAGAACGAUUAAUCGAGGAGAACAGUCCAUUCUUUCAAGAUUAAAGGAACAAAUGCAGGAAGAAUGGACACAGUAUAUCUCUCUGUGUGGUCUGCGCACACACACUCAGCUCGGCCAAUCCCCUGUUACAGAGCUCAUCUAUGUCCACAGCAAAGCCCUUAUCGCUGACGACCGUUGCUACAUCAUAGGGUCAGCCAACAUCAAUGACAGGAGCAUGCUGGGCAGUCGUGACAGUGAGCUGGCAGUGCUGGUUGAGGAUGAGGAAAGAGUUCCCUCAGUCAUGAACGGAGAGGAGUACCAGGCUGGACCACUAGCACUCGCAUUACGAAAGGAGUGCUUCAGUGUACUUCUCGGAGCAAAAUCCGACCCAACUCUGGACAUCGAUGAUCCGAUCAGUGAUCAUUUCUUCAACAAUGUUUGGAACAAAAUCGCCCAAACCAAUGCCGUCAUCUAUGAGAAGGUCUUCCGAUGUCUUCCCCUGGACUCCAUCCGUAACUUGCGCGAGUUGCUGGGGAACGCGAACACGGAGAAUCUCAGUCUUACCGACCCGGAGAAAGCCAGAGAAGAAUUACAGGCCAUCCAGGGCAUUCUGGUCCAUUUUCCGCUACAUUUCCUUUGUGAGGAGUACUUGCUCCCGUCACUUAAGAGCAAAGAAGGAAUGGUUCCUAUGGAAGUGUGGACGUAGCAGGGAAAAGCAUCAAAUAGUUUGAAGUGUGCCAGUGAAACAGGAUUUCAGAGUUUAAAAUAUCACACAUCGGCUAACUAAGCUAUAAGCUGCUGCCACACUUUUUUGUCUAAUUAUGUUUGGACUAACGUAAUGGUAGGAAAUGUUAACUCUGAACACUAACCCAAAUACAGUGUAGAAACACAUGCUGAUCUUAUAUAAGAAGAUAAAUGCGUUUGUUAGGAGAAUCACACGGUGCAGUUGCUAAUUUUAUGAAGAUACAAUGAAAUAACAUCAGUCUUCUCCCCAAAUGCCCAUUACGGCCACAGAUGUCAUGAUCUGAGUAUUUAAGAUGGCCGAGGAUGUAAAGUGCUGCAUAUUAUCGAGGAUAAAAUGAGGAACAAGAAACGGAAAGAAGAGAAAACAAGGCGAGAGAGAGGGUAUUUUUGAUGACUAAGGAACAGAACGUACAUUUAUUGUUGUGAAUGUGUGUGGGUGGCAAGCAUUGCUUUACCUUCUUUUCCCUCUCUCUUUAUUUCUUUCUUUCGUGCACUACACCUCUCAAUGCAGUGGCAGCAAAUCUGUCAGAACAUUUGUGGUUGUUAUGGUGACUGUUAUAAAGAGCUGACUUGGUCUUGGCUUCUGAGAGAGCGAUAGAGAAAACGAAAGAAAGAGAGAGGAAGAAUCAGGAAUAAAUAGACAAACCGUAAAAACAGGGAUAACUGUGGGUGCUGGCGUACUUGGUAAGGGAACAUUAUGUAAUGUUUUUUGAAACAGGUAGGGGGGAGUGUUACGGAGCGGGGAUCAGGUGGGGCAUCAAACAUGGUGAGAUAUUCAGGGGGAGUCUCUCAGCUCAACAUUUAUCACCAACCACCUCAUCUCCAUGACAACCAGAAGAAAUUAUUGUUAUGUAAUUAUGUCAGCGGCCCAGAAGGUUCCACUUUGGGUUUUUUGAAGGGGGUGUCGAGAGCACACUGGAGACCAGAAAAGCAAAGCUAAUUUUGUCAAUGCCCCACUUUGUAAAUGAUUAGUAAUCUGCCCAUGUAAUGCUGUAGAAUGUUGUAGGUGACUUUACCUGCACUAGAAGAGAAUGUUUUUGGGUUUGACCACUGAUGACACAAUCAUUAAUAUACUGUAACAUUCUAAUUAUAUCAAGCAGGCAACUUUAUGAACUGACAAUUAUGUUAAAAAAUCACUGCUUUUGCACAUUUUUAUACUUUUUAUGUAUAUACAAUUGAUUUUAUUUAGAAAGCAUUCUGAGCUCACAAACUAAUACUUAAAUUAAUAUUGGCUAACACUAUGUGUUUUCACUGCUUCUGAAUGUCUACUAUAGACAGCUAGUAUAGACGGCAUAUUGAAUUUUCUUCAGAUGAAAACGAGGUUAUAAAGGGCAGACUUGUAGUUUUUACAACUGCUUGCUUUUUAUAAAGGUCCUAGAGAUCACAUGUCAUUUUCAAAAGUCACUUUCAAAAAUGUUUUAUGGUGUAUUUGGCUACAUGUAUGACAUGUAUUUUUGGAUUGACUAUAAAUGCAAUAUGAUAGUUGUCUGAAAGCAAUUGAGCAAUCCGUUAUUUUCCUUUCUGUUCUCCAUCUGAAUAAAUACACCAUUCACUUCA